CACGAUUCUGAACUCGAUGACACUGACGCGCGACUCGGCGCCGGAUCUCGCGCUUUUCUCGGAGCCGGUGCGGUUCAAGAGUCGCAACAGUGAUGCUCUCUCCGAAUUCGAGGUUCCCUCAGACUAUCUUUACUGGGUCCUCGUCGGAGACGAAAAGCGCUUUCCGAAGGGGCGGACACGAGAAGCCCAGGCGCUGAAGAAGGUCACGCUCGAGAUGACAGUCGGGUGGCAUCCAUCUGUCAGGGCCGUCCUUGAGGAGCAGAGUAUCGAUGAGAGCCAGCUUCUCCCGAUCCGAUCGACUAGGCCACAGGAUGUGACAUUGCUUCGAAACCGCGACGAUCUCAAUGUCGUGAUCUUGCUCGGAGAUGCUCUCCACGCCAUGACACCAGCAGGAGGCUCGGGUGCCAACACCGCUCUGAUCGAUGCUCAACUCCUGGUCCAGCUCCUGAUAGACGAAGACAAGAGUGAUGAUGUAUAUCUCAAGUACCACCGCAAGAUGACAGGUUACGCCCCCAAGGCUGUCGAGAAGAGCGUUGCGGGUGGCAAACACAUCUUUGGCAUGUCGUCCAUCAACGAAUGGACCAUCUGGACACCCCAAGAAAAGGACUUUUGAUCGUCAUAGCUGUCAUGAACCUCCGAACUGUUCCCAAACAGAACUUCGUGUGUGCGUGUACCUUUCCGCGUUCCUCCCUCUCCCCAAG